CGCAGCUGUUCAGUUGAAAGUUGAGUUGUUUUUUGAAAAAAGAUUAAAAAUAAAUAAUAAAUAAUUUAUUCAAUUAGAAAUAAAUAACAUGACCUAAAUUAACCAUUAGAAUUGUGUAUAGGCAAUUAAAUAAAGUUCUAAUAGUGAGUUCUGAAGAUUUGUGUUCAUCAUAAUAAGGAGCCCACAAAAUGAACCUGAUAGGGGCCGUAAAGGCCUACGUAGACAAAAUGACCGACGAAAGUGAACCUGGCAUGAAAGUCCUCCUAAUGGAUAAAGAAACGACCAGUAUUAUCAGUAUGGUUUACAGUCAAAGUGAGAUACAACAAAAAGAAGUUUUCUUACUAGAGAGAAUCGAUUCUCCCAACUAUGCCAACUCGACUGGUCUCAGAUAUCUCAAAUGUUUAGUUUUCAUAAGACCUACACAACAUAAUAUCGAACUAAUGUGUAAUGAAUUGAGGUACCCAAAAUAUGGGGCAUAUUAUAUUUAUUUUUCGAAUAUUGUUGCCAAAGCUGACAUUAAAAUGUUAGCUGAAAAUGACGAACAAGAAGUAGUGAAAGAAGUACAGGAAUUAUACAUGGACUACCUAGCAGUAAACCCCCACUUAUUCUCAAUAGGCCUCCCUUGUUGCAUGGAAAAAUUAUCCUGGAACCAGAAUGCCCUGCAACGCUCCAUGCAUGGUCUAGUUUCAGUAAUUUUAUCAUUGAAAAAAUCACCUAUAAUCCGAUAUCAGUCAAACUCUAGACUUGCCAAAGACUUGGGUAGCAGAAUCGAGGAUACAAUGAAUAAAGAAUCUUCUCUGUUUGCUUUCGGUCAAGGAGGGCACAGUUUGCUGCUUUUAUUGGAUAGGAGGGACGAUCCUAUUACACCUUUAUUGACUCAAUGGACUUAUCAAGCUAUGGUGCACGAAUUGAUGGGGAUUAAUAAUAAUCGAGUUAAUUUGUCUAAUAUAACUGGUGUUUCGAAAGAACUCUCUGAAGUAGUUCUCUCGGCAGAACAAGACGCCUUCUAUGCCAAAAACAUUUUCAUGAAUUACGGCGACAUUGGUCAAAACAUCAAACAGCUAAUGGAUCAGUUCCAAGCCAAAGCGAAAAGCCAUCAGAAAAUCGAAAGCAUAGCCGACAUGAAAAGUUUUGUAGAAUCUUACCCGCAAUUCAAAAAACUGUCUGGCAAUGUUACCAAACAUGUAACCAUUGUAGGAGAAUUGAGUUCGAUGGUAAACAAAUACCAUUUGCUUGAUGUUUCUGAAGUGGAACAAGAAAUUAGUUCUCAAAACGAUCAUUCGGCUCAUUUAAGUAGUGUCAGGAAGUUGAUACAAGAUGAUAAAAUUAGGCAUACAGAUGCUGCUAAGCUUGUAAUGCUUUAUGCUUUAAGAUAUCAAAACCAAAAUAAUGAAACUUAUAAUCUUAUUGAAUUGUUAAAGAAAAGAGGAGUGACUGAUAAACUUUUAAAAGACAUUGUAUAUCUCUUAGAAUAUGCUGGCUCUCAUGCAAGGCAAAGUAAUCUGUUUAAUGUUGAAGAUGCAGUUAAAAUUACUAAAAGAUUCUUCAAAGGUUUAAGUGGGGUAGACAAUGUUUACACCCAACACAAACCUUUACUGCACGAUAUAUUAGAAGAACUUAUCAAAGGCAGAUUAAAAGAUAAUCUAUACCCUGUAGUGGGAAAUCAUUCCAGCGGCCUAAGAGCUCAAGAUAUUGUUGUUUUUAUCAUAGGGGGAGCUACCUAUGAAGAAUCAUUAACAGUGCAUAGUUUAAAUAAAACCUAUCCUGGUUUUAAUAUAAUUUUGGGUGGUACUACUAUACAUAACUCUACGAGUUUUCUUAAAGAAGUUGAAAAUGUUUAUUGUGGUGAAGAUAUGAGGUCCAGAAAGCAUACAAAGCAUUUGAGAAAUGUGAUAUUUGAAUAAUAAUAUUUUGAAAUCAUUCCUUAAGAUGUAAAAAAUUAAUUUUAAGGUAUUCUUGUUGCUUUCUAGUCACAGAGUUAAGAAAUAGUUUUAAGGAAGAACCCAUCUUUGUGGUUUUUAUUUUGCUUUAAAAUUCAGUGUCUGAUGUAUGUAUGUUUAUAAAAUAUUUAUUGCUUAAGUUGAGUAAGUAUAAUGAAUAAAAUCUUAUAAUUUUGUUAUAGAAAAAUAUAAAAAUCUAAUUUAAUAAAAGCUUUUCCUUGA